UGGUAGCCAGCUUUAAGCGUUGUCUAUGGGAGAAGCGAACUCCGUUUCCCAAGUAGGGCUGCGGCAACUGGUCGAAAGUCGGCCUUUCCUGGUCUACUGGAGGCUUUGAACCCAGAGGCGGCAGUAGCAGCUGGCUUAGGUUCGGUGUGAUGACGACAGUAUCCUGUGUCUGAGGAGGUCUCGACCAAGAUUCAGCACCUUCAACUCCCUCCUGAUGUGUCCACAUCAGGGUAUCCCUUUCCCCCCCCAGUUUCCCAAGAACGCCUCUCCCCUGUCUAGUCCAAGAGGCGCAGUUUUGGUCUAAUAUUGCAUCCUUAUCCUUAGUAUUCCCUAUUUCAAUCUGACAUUGUGGUCUUUCCUGCCCUGUGCGUCGGUUAUUCUGUGCUGGGAGAGUAAGGGCACAACACACCAGGGAGACAUACCCCUGCUGCAGGCUAUGAGUAAGACUCUGAGCUGGUCCGAGCAGCUCGAUGCGCUUCUCAGUGCUACUGAUGGAAAUGUGGCCAGGAUUAAGCAGCGGUUGUAUCCCCUUGGAGUCUCAGCUGCAGGUAAGUAUUGCCCCUUUUUUUAUUCCCUUUCAGGAUUUCUUUUCCCCUUUCAGGAAGAUUUCUUUCAGGGUCUUCCUUUUCCACCACCUGUACCAUCCACUCUUCCUUUCAAGUGUCCAACUAUUUCCUUUCUUGAACAAAGAUCUGUUCCCCUCUUCCCACCCCCCAAGUCUUCUUUCCUCAGCAGGAGACCUGACUGGAACCUGGAUUUCUCCUCAUCACUUGCCUCCCCAACCAGGAACCCAAGCUCAACAGCCUUGGGCUCUAGAGACUCCUAUUGUUCCAGAGAGGCUGAGUUGGGCUGAGGCCCAUAGCACAUCUCUCAGGGAUGAAGUUACUAUUCUCAGAUCCCAGCUUCGAACCCAGGCUCAGGUGACUGAGGCACUAAGGCAAGCUGUGCGGGGCCUGCUGGAAGAGCAAGAGCAGCAGAAGUACCAAAUUUGUGCCCUGGAAGCAUCACUGAGGUUGCUGCAGGGGGGCCCAGAGCGGAAGGCUCUGCUUUUGGAGCAGCGCCUGGACAGGCUGAGAAGGGAACUGCAGGGUCUUCGAAUCCAGGUGCAGGAACAGGCCCAAGCCCAGAUACAAGCAGGACCACAAAAAUGCAGUGCUACCAGUGGCCUUCGCCAAGAGCUGCAGAAUGAGAGGCAACUGCUAUGGGAGGAGUCGGAGAUUCUGAGGGAGGAACUGAAGUUGCUGCGGGACCAGCUGACCCAGCAUCAGGAGCUGAUGCUGAAACAGAUGGCUGAGGGGCGGCAAGCUCAGGCUCGUAGCUGGAAGAUGUUGGAGAAGCUGCAGAGUGACCAGGAGGGCAAGGAGGCUGCCAGGAUAGAGGCCCAUGAUGCCCGGCGGAACCAGGACCUCCUCAGGACUUCCGUCCACAUCCUCCAGUCUAAGAUACCCCUAGCUGCCACCUUUGCCACAUCUCUUCCUUCAUCUAGCUCUGAAGCCAUUCGUGAAAACAGUAACAGUAGCUGGGAAUUUCUAAGGAAGCUAGACCUCCAGAAGAGCACUCUCUCUAACCUGGAACCCAGCAACUUUCAGCUCCAGACCCAGAGCAUUGAGCAGGAGGACCUGUCCUUUAGUGGCCCCAAGAUACUCCUGAGUGACCUGUAAGGACUUGGAAGAAUAGUAAGAUAAAGACUUCUUUGCUCACCUUCCCCUCCAAGGCCUUGUUUCUGGGCUCCCUGCCCCUCCCCUCUUGAUCCAGCUGGUAUCUGCCCUCCCUACUGAGCCUGGUCACUGCCUGCCCACCUGCCCACCAAUUGCAGUAAAAUGGUUUAAUUCUC